AUGACGACCGCACCGCAUAUGCCGGCCAAGGCAAACAGCACCGACAACGUGCAUGCACGGCCAAGAGGCAUCUUGAAAAACUCCCACUCUUACUCUACAGCUCCUGCAGCUGCUGCGACUUUCAGUCCGCCUACUGUUCCCACAAUCCCCGAGACCGGCGAGGCCAAGGACCUCACGCUGCAGAAUACUCUCCAGAACGCCGGGCGGCGCCGGUCUUCCUCCAAUGCAGCACGACCAGGCUCGUCUCGCCGACAGUCUAUGGCCAGCAACCACGAAGACGACAACGCCCCUCGUCUGAAGUGGGACGAAGCGAACCUGUACCUAACAGAGCAGGAACGCACCGCCAAGAUGAAGAUCGACGAGCCCAAGACGCCCUAUGCCCCGCACUACGAUCCGACCGAGGACGACGAGGAGAUCCGCCUCGAUGAAGCACAGGAGAACCUUAUCGACGCGCAGGGUAUCGUGGUCGAUGAACUAGACCGCUCGACUAAGGGCGGAAGCCACAGGAAGGGUCUCUCGGAAGACGACAUUCCGGAUCUGGAGCUCGGUGAGCCCGAGGAGGACUCGCUCGGUGAACCGGCUGGGUCUGAUCCCCGGAUCUACCGUGACCGGAGUAUGAGCACGGACUCGCACAAGGGCGAGAAGCACGUCGUUGUCGGAACGGAGAAUGGUGACGGACUUGUGACGACCGAGGAGGCGAAGGAAAAGCAUCGCCAGUUUGAGGAGCAUCGGAAAAAGCAUUACGAAAUGAAGAACAUCAAGGACCUGCUUGCGCACCCCGAAGAGGCGGAUGAGAUGGAAGAAGACGAGGACGAGACCGAGUCUGGUCCCCCGCCCUCGGUUCCCCAAAUGCCCGAGCGCUUUCGCAACGGACAAUAGAUAGUCUGACUGCAUAUUCU